CAGGGGCGGACUGACCAUUUGGGAACUGGGGCACUGCCUGAGGGCCCGGGGUCAGUAGGGGGGCCCCAUGAAAUGCCCCUGGUACCUUUCAUGGGCUUAUUUGGGUGUGUUUUGAGUGUGGGUGAGGACACAGGGGCCCCAUGAUCCCCUAUUGCCCGGGGGCCCAAUGAGUUGUCAGUCUGCCCCUGCCAUGAACGUCAGAUUAUGGGCAGUAAUUCUAGCACCAGACCUCCUCUACAAGGACCUGUAGAUGUGUCUCCCCA